ACCGACGCUCAACCCAGUGCUUUUCUACAUACAACUCGGGCAAUAUGUGAUCGUUUUGUCCUGCCGCACGCUUGAAUGUGUCCGUGCUUCACAAAGCUCUUUCGUGGAAGUGCAUUACUUCCAAGCCUAACCGGAUGAUGGACAGAAAUUAUCCGAGUUCUAGCUUCGCAGAGCCGUUGGCCCCUCCAGUCCAGACCGCAGGCUGGGCCUACGAGCGCACCACCGCAUGCAUCAAACCAAGCUCCAAUUACAGUGCUACACCCAUGGAGACGGAGCUUCUCCAUCGGCAAACCUACGCCUCCAGUCAUACGGUGCCAACCUAUAGCACAUCUCACCACCCUGCAGGUCUGUCUGGCAUCUUUGAUGCCGGUCUGCACAAUGUUGGAAGCAGCACUACUGAAUCGUCGGUUGUGAAUUUCCUCUCUUCCAUCGACACCCGAGGCCUUCAGGCUGGACCUGCAGCUACAUCUCUCCUCCCCCAGUUUAGGACACCGACAUGGCAGACCAGUACAAAUUCCUCAACUGAACUCUUUCUCACCGGAGCCCUUCCUUCUUCUGGAACGUUCCCCACUCCAUCAGCUCUGUCAUCCUACCAGCAUCCCAGCACUUUUUCCACUAGGAGUUUUUCUACAACCUCAGCACUAACAGUUCAGGAUGCCGCAUUUAGCCCUUCAAAUGGCCUGCUGUCCCCUAAUGACCCUCUGCUUCAGAUCAAACCCUCCCAGAGCACAGUGUCAGCUCUAACUUUCGACCGCAUAGGUGGUGCCUCACUGGGCGCUGGCCUCCCACCUCAGUCAUCCACAUAUCGCUCAGCCCAGGAAUCUGCCCCCCACCUCCUGCAGCCUCAGUUUAGCCUGCUUCCCUCUGCUUUGGGCAGCUCUCAGCAGGCAUCUCAGCCUUAUGGAGCACCGGUAUUCUCUGGUUCUGUCGAACGAGCACUUCAGCGGGAAUGUAGUGUCAUCAAGCACUACCAGCGGCCUUCCAGCACCCAGCCAGUCCAGGAGCAUGUUCCUGGUAGCACACAGCACUCUCUUCAAGGUGGUUAUCUGCCUGACAGCUCUGACACCUCCUACCAGCAGGAUCCAUCUCGACACACCCCUGUCCCCAGCAGUCCCGCCAGAGACAACACUCAGGCCAUUAACGGCAGUGCUCAGCAGAAUCCGGCUCCAACACAGCUGCAGCAAACACAGGCCCCGUCCUCCUCUGUCCCUUCCCCGGGGUUUUCCUCCUCGUCUGGAGUGAAAGCCAAAGACGGUUCUUCCAAAACAACAGAGCAUCCUGGGGAGAGUGCUGAGCUGCAUGGCCAGCCAGGCUCCUCAGGCAUGCAGCAGCAGCAGAGCUAUCCUUCCUCAGGCCAAAAGAAGAGCUCUGUGAUAGCUAGCCAAGCACAGGCAUACACUUCCGCACAGCUGCCCAGCCUGAUGCCCAUUGGCCCAUCCCAGACCUACAUCACUUCUCAAAGUCUGAUGAGCAACCUCAGCCAACCACAGUCCUUCUCUCCCGGUCAGCCCGAGAAGCUGCCUUCCAUAUACCGGACUUUACCAUCAUUCGCUAGUCAGUCAGAAAACGAGACAUCUGUCAGCCAGUCUCUAAUUUACUCUUCUGGUCAGCAGCAGGUCUCAUCUUCUGCAGCAAACCGGGGGGAAUUCGAUACACAGGUUCAAGGACUUUGCUUGGGUAAUCCCUCUCAAAAUUACUCUUCCAGCCACACUCAGGGUCUGCCAGCUGUCAGCUACUAUGCCCAGGGGACGGCAUCUGCUAGUCCAUCCCAGAGCUACACAUCAGGUCAUUCUCUCAAUUCAAGUCCUACCUUUCCCACUUCCCGGGCUCAUGGUUUACCAGCCACUAACUCCACCCAGGAUUACGCCCUAAUGCAGCCUUCUUCAGGCAUCAAAACUGAUGGUCUGCUUUUACAGCAGCCCCAGAAAUACCUGCUGUCAGUCCAGUCCCAGACAUCCUCCACUGCCACUUAUACACAAGCCUUACAGAGCAGCCAGGCCUCAGAGGAACUGAAACCAUCUUACGGCAAACGGAAACAAGAUGAGAGUGUGUUCCUUUCCUCUAAAGAGGGCUGUGGAGAGCUGCCUCUUCAAGAUGUGCAGGCAUUACAGCAGGCCUCUAUGGGGAGUUCUGCACAGACUCUCACAAACAGUGAUAUUGGAGUACAGAGCAAUGUUGUAUAUGUUGUCUCAAAAAUGGAUGACAGGCACAAUAUGCAGAGCGUGAUCCGCAGUAACUCUCGAACAGACGAUCAGCUAAUAGGUCUAACACAGAUGUCGUCCAUCAAAGAUGAAAGAAUCAAUACUUUAGGAGAACAUGCACAACUGGUUAGCAGUGCCCACACUCAUGUAACCUCUGGCCCAAAAAAUAAUUCCACAUUAAUGCAGUCCUCCCAUGUGACUUUGAGUACAGACCAGCUGAAACAACAAGCUCUGCUUCUCAAAGCCCCAAGUGGUCAUCAAGAAGGCCAUCAAACUCAGAGCAACCGGAUUCAGCAGACCGAAAGCAGACAGGUGUCUCAGGACCACGCACAGUUUGUUCGAGUUCCAAAUGCCCAAGUUGUGCUGGAACCCUCACAGAUGAUCCUUCUCCAGCAGACUUUGCUCCAUACAGCACCCAACCAGUCCAAGCCAGCCGUGCAGAUGCAGCCUGUCCCAGUUCAGUAUCUGCAUAUGAACAAUGAAAUUGUAAAUUCUGCAGUCAGUGCACGUGGGAACCAACAGCACCAGACCCACCAAAUUGCACAGUCCUCAGAGCCCGCCAAACAGCACCUGGCAUCAAAAGAUAGUUUCAGCAGUCCGUCAAAUCAACAUGAUGCCAAGCAGCACUUUACAUUAAGCUCCAUCUGUUUCCCAGAGUCCAUGCUGAUGACAGAUGAGAGGAACAUUCUGUCCAACGUGGAUGAUAUCCUGGCAGCCACAGCAGCUGCUUGUGGAGUCACACCACAGGACUUUAAAUCCACUACGUCUGAAGGGGACUUGCCUUCGCUAUCCAACCCUGCGGACUCCAAGUGCCACUUUCAGUUAGUUGAGAACAGACAUGAAGCGAACAUUUUCUCUUCCCAGCACAUGAUAAUCGCCAAUGCACAGACCAUGACUUUAACUCUAAAUGGUGCUCAGCUCACUGAAGAUGUUCACAAAGAGGAAGAUGGACACCAAGGAUUUACAUUAGCAAACUCCCACAUGCAACAAGGUAACUCUAAGCAAGAAAUGUCUGAGAAGGUGACCAAUUCUCAUGAGAAACAUGAGGCAUUACCCAAGGGACACUGUGUAAACCCCAGCAAUGAGUCGUCUCUGAAUUCCAAUGAGGGCAGUAUCAACACCCCAACACAGAACCACUCGGAUUUUCACCUGGCCGGCCAGGAGUACAACCCUACUGGUUUUAUGAAAACAGAAAAUCUAUCGAAAUGUAAGAAUCACCUCAAGGGAAUGAAGAGUGUUAAGAUGGAGGACGGGCUGGUGGAAUGCUCCACUAAUGGCCUUCCCAAGAAGAAAGUCAGGACUAAGGGUUCUUAUAAACAAGCUGAAGAUGAAAAUGGCCAACCUAAAUUUCAGAAAAGAAGUAGCCAAGGAAAGCGACAGAACUCCAGAGGAAGUGAGACAGGUUCAUCCUCGACCUCUGAGGGGUGCCAUGAUGGCUACCAGCAGCAGGAAAGAAUGCGUCAGAAAAUAAGAGAGGUAGAAGAAAAGCAGCCGGAGGUGAAAACUGGCUUCAUUGGCUCAUUCCUGGAUUUCCUUAAAUCUGGUCCCAAGCAGCACUUCUCCUCUCCUCCAAUACGAUCGCCCAACCGCACAAGAAAGCCUUCGGUCUCCAAACGACCUUCGAAUUCAUUGUCUAUGCAUCCUAAAGUCUUGCCCCCUUCAUCACAACUGUUAUCGCCCGACACCCAUAAUGUUAAUUCUUCUAAAAGACUGGACGAGGAGUUUCAAAAAAAUCUGGAAACACUUCCGUCUUUCUCCUCUGAUGAAGAUGAAUCAGUUGGUAAAAACCAAGAUCUUCAAAAGAGCAUUAGUUCUGCCCUCUCCUCUUUAGAUGAGCCCUUAGAGAAGAAACAUAAUUCAGACAGCACAAUCUUAGGUGACAUCACAAAGCGAGAGGAGCUAUUAAUUGACCAGUCUACAGAUGCUCAGACCCAGCAACAGCAAAAAAACGUGCAGAAGGAGGUGUCUGCUGAGGAGCUGGCGAAGAACAUGCCUCCAGACAAACUGGCAGUUCGGCUGACGGCCGUAGCUAUCGAGGGCCUGACUGAUGAGGAGCUGUCAGACAGUGGGGGGGAGGGCAUGUACCGAGAACGGGACGAGUUUGUGGUGAAAAACGAGGACAUAGAAAGUCUGAAGCUCACGCUGAAGGCAGGGGUAGAGCCACCAGCAAUCUGGAAGGUGCAAAAAGCCCUGCUGCAGAAAUUCAUACCGGAGCUGAGAGACGGGAAGCGUGUGUUUUCAGCCACCAACAGUUAUCUGGGUUACUUUGGGGAUGCUAAGACCAUGUACCGGAGAGUGUAUGUCAAGUUUCUGGACACUGUGAACAAGCGGGAGUACGUGCGAGUGUGCACCAGGAAACCGAGGUGCAAGCCCAUGCAUUCCUUAAGAGGCUCUCAGAUGAAGGUCCUCAUGGCUCACAGGGCUUCUGUCUCAGCCACGUCCGACCCCUUCGUGCUUAAGUCCGGUGCGAAGCAAGGCUCGUCCCGACCCAGGUCCAGGCAGCCCAGAGCCAAAGCCGAACCGCCGCCGAAAAAGAGGAAGAAAUGGAAGGAGUUCCCAGCUUCUCCAUCAGAUUCGUCUCCAGAGGCUGGGAGUGAAGAUGACGAGUUUACGCCUCCGGUCCCAUUUGUCUCCCGCUUCUUGAACACAAGAACAAUGAAGGAGACCUUCAGGAGUUUUGUGGAGCUGCUGAUCAGUGUUGCUCUGGAUGCAGACGUCAUGAUCGCCCUGGAGAGGGAGAACGAUGAACUUCUGCUGCCACAUAUGAAGAGAGUGGACGGGAUGCUCACAGACAACAGACGGAGACUGCUUCCCAAACUGCGCCUCGGCCAGGUCUUCAAAAAUGCUUUAGACAGCUUUCCUGAGUUGUCCGUGGUGACCGAGUUGAAAACAGAUGGAGAGACUCCCACGUUUAAAGUCCGACUGAGUGGAAAGGCCUACAACAAGAAGACCAUGAAACCUUCUAAAUCCCCCAUCAUGCUACCCCUGGAGUACACAGUGGACCAGCAGAAAACCCACUGGUUCUCGCUCUAUCACUCACUGCAGCACUACAAGUACCACACAUAUCUGUUGUGUAUGGAGGAGGUUGCACUGUUGCGCUCCCAGGGUGUGGACCUGGGUCAGGAGGAGACCGUGCAGACGUGCCUGGGGAACAGAGCCUGGGUGGAGGGCCUGUUCACCCGCUUUGGGGAGCUUCUGACACAGGUGCAGCAGGCCUGCAUGUAGACAGCUCUGGGACGGGGGGUCAUGGGUCAUCACCCAUGGAUGGAUGGUUCCAGUUUGGGCUUCGUCGGCACUAUCCCCCUUUUGAAGCACUAACUGACAGGAUGGAGAACCAGCAUCAUGAGAAAAUGCUCAAAAUGAUGACAGAGUGGAUGUCUGUUCUUAGAACCAUAAAGACAUUGAAUCUUAAUUAUGGCCUUUUCAAAAGAUCAUGCUUUUUAAGGGAUUUGUGGUUUUAUAUAUAUAUAUAUAUAUAUAUAUAAAAAAAAUAUGGCCAAGCUAGAUAUAGAUGGGCUUUCUCAACAACCUACCAGUUUUCCCUCUCGAAACAAAAUGGACCAGGACCAUUCAUUCAUAUCACAUACAGAGCGCUUUACCUUGGAUAUUGAAACACUAAUUUAAAAAAACAGCCUACAUAUUGUUAUGUAAUUUGCGGUUUGGGUGCUUAUUAUUGUGUGUAUACACACAUACAUAGUUAUAUAUGUAAAACAUCCAUUUUUUACAAUGGAAUGCCAAAUUUCUAUAUGAUACUGUACAUUUUGUAAAGAGAGCUCUUUUGUCAAAUGAUUCUCCCAAGGAUGAAUUUGACUUAAUACAGAAUAUUUACCUAUUGUGCUUUUUAAACUCCUUUUGUUAUGACAAAGGUUAUAAAGUUGGAGUUGGUGCAAUUCUAAUACUGCUUUUGUGAUAAUUUGUUGUAAUAAAAAGCAUUUACUUAAACUAUUUUCUCUGAGGAAAAAUGUUUUUAUACUCUGUUUUCCCUCAAAACACUUUAUCUCAGCAACACAUGUAUUUUCACAGAAGGUAAUGUCAAGGUCAUUUGUUUCAUUACGUUCAUCUCUCUGUGGUACUUUUUGUUUGUUUUUUUAAGAGAAGCCCUAUAAAUUUAUAUGAAAAAUACACAUGUACUUUACAUUGUAUCAUAAGAGUGUUUCUGUACUGUAGAAUAUUACAAUUUUGCCAUGAUUUUACACAGCUUACUAUGCUGACAGCAUCAGAUUCAUUUUUUUUUUUUUUUUGCUUUUCAAGUGUAGCUGUGUUACAACCUGCAAUUAUUUUUCUGAUAUGUGAAGAAUAAAUUUCCUACUAAAUAAAA